AUGGCCACUAAGCGCAAAUUAGGAAACAAACCUGCCGAAUCGACUGAUCGCAAGCUUAAGAUCAUUUACGAUUGCCUAGAUCAUGGUGAUUACAAGAAAGGUGUCCAAGAAGCUGACCGUUUACUGAAGAAAUCUGCCAGUGGGGCAAACUCCACUUUUAUUUCUUGUGUUAAGGCCCUUAAAGGUGUUUCUUUGGUGAAUUUGGGUCGUAGAAUCGAGGCAGAAGCACUAAUGUUUGAACUGAAGCAAACCCAGCCUGUUGAUGAGAAUACAUUAACUGCUAUGCAAUCUUGUUACAAAGAUCUUAAUGACUUACACUCAAUAGUGGAGAUAUUCAAGAAUGCAGUCGACAAAACUCCAAACCCGAGCCUAGACAUGCUAACUCAGCUAUUCAUGGCCUACGUCAGGGUUGAUGAUUUUCAAAACCAGAAACAGGUGGCGCUGAAGAUGCACAAACUGACGUCUGCUACUCAGUAUCUGUUGUGGGUGGUUAUAAGUAAUUAUUUCCUGGCUGAAUUCAAACUGUUGAUCUUGAUCUUGGAGAAGAGAGAAAAGUUUAAAGAGCUGCUGGACUUUUUUGAAGGACCACACAGAUACAAAGCAAUAGACAGCGCGAUUUUGAUGGAUCGGAUAAAGGCAAACCUGUACAUAAAGCUCGCGAUGUGGAAGGAGCUUAACGUCAUGCUCAAGAAUAUUCUAGAUUCAAACUUAGACAGUUUCUCCGUCUACUGCGAAUACAUCAAGUACGGUCUCCAUUACAUCGACGCCGUCGUAUGCAGCGACGACAGCAGCAGCAGCAGUGGCAGCGUUACAAGCAACCCCGACGUCAACUGCAACAAAAACAUUGUUGAUGUUGAUGACGUCAAGAACAACAACGACGCUAUGACGGGAAGUGACGCUAGCAGGGACACCACUAGCGACAACAAUUUGAUUAAAAAUGAUGAUGACGUCAACAACAACAACAACAACAAUGAUGACAAUAACAAAGAAAACAAUAUCAACAAUGACAAUAAUAGCAAAUCGGAUAACGUUAGCAAUGGAAAAAUGAGAGGUCCAUAUCUUGGCCAGUUGUAUUUCUACUACGCAUUAUCUUUAGAUCCAGUAAAAUAUGGAGAUUAUGCACCCACAUUUGUGAAAGCCCUGAUAGAAUACUACAAGAUGUUCUAUCAUAAGCCGUCCUGCUUCAAGGAUUGUAGAGAGUUCAUCGACAAAUUAGACGCCGAACAAACCGAGGAGUUUCUAAACUCUGUGAAACCAUUGAAAGAUGAUGAUAUCAACAAUUUGGAAUUCCCCAAUACACUGGACGAGAUGAUAAGGCACCAGUCGUACAUCCAGGCCUGGCUGUUCCUUCGAGAUAAGUUCCUGGCUGACACGGAGGAGGUGGGCGAUGCUGCCCUGGGCUGGAGGCUCAGGUACGUCAUCAGGAUCAUGACCUACUACGAACACGGCCACCGAUUUGGUGAAGGAUUAAAGCCGACGGAAAUUCAACCAGCCGAUGCCUACAUCAUCUUCGCGGUCACUGUCACUUUUGAACUGUAUAAACUUACAAAUGACAUAGUGUUCGUCAUAAGAUCGGUGGCCUCAAUGGAGCGAUGCUUAGUGAAGAGUCCAUCAAACCAUUGCAUCAAGCUACUGCUUAUACAGCAUUAUGCUAUUUUGGGUGACUCGGCAAAGUGUUUGCAAUUAAGUCAAUCUCUGGAUUUGAAGCACAUACAAACUGAUACCUUAGGUUUUUACGCCAUCAACCAGUACGUGCAUUCGAACAACAUCCUCCGAUUGUCCUUCUGUAAUGUCAGCGCCUUCGACCUCGUCGACAACAGAGAUUUCAACGUCAUACCCCAGUGGAAUCUCUUUUGCAGAAAUGUUAAAGAGAUUAAAGAGAAAUCAUUCAAUGAGGAGGUUGUUUCAACAUCUCACAACAUCAUCAAAAAUAGAUUCAAAGAGUACCUCAACAAACCACUGCUCACUGAUGCCGUUUCGGAAUUGGAAGCAGCUACUGCAGCUGCUGCAACAGCUGCUACAGCUAAUACGACAGCUGAUGCAGCUAAUGCCACAGCUGCCACGGCUGACACCGACAAAGUUUAUUCGCCAUUCACGCAGGCGACAACGCUCAGAAACAACAGAGCGAUACACAACGUCCUGAAGUUUCUGGAUUGUGGUGGUAAUGAUUGCUCCGCACCCUUUUCAACAUCGUCAUCAGUAUUUGCGACGCCGACAGCCCUGCUACAGCCACAACUCUCGCCAUCGUCGCCGUCGUCGUCGUCUGACUGCGAUCUACACUUCGAGCCUUUGGUUCUGCUCGAUGUUGAAGACGAUAGUAUGGAAAAGUUUAAGAGCUACAGCAAUGCCAUCUGUGGCAUUGUCCUGGGAACACACAGUCACAAGUUACUAAACGAGGAAGAGUAUUUCUUCAGUACGCCUAUGAAGUAUUUCUUUAAAAGGAAACUGCACACGUCAAUCCAGCAGUGCGUGGAUCUAUUCUUUGGCGUUAUCCGCGUCGUCAAUAAUCCAGAACAAGAUUCUACUGUUAAAGUUUUUGACUCGGUCUGGGAGUUAGCAAUAUUUGAUGCCCUAAAGAGUGAUGAUGAUGUACAGACAUUAACUUGGCACAUAAACCAGCUGCUGGCCAUCCUUGCUAGCUGCGGUCAGCUACUGCUACCAUUCAGACAGACCAAAAAAGCAAAGAAGAAAUUAAAGUUUCCGGAAAUUCCCAACAUCCUGAAGAGUUUCGACCUGAUGAUGUACGCAGUUAUGGCGAUGCACGCCAACCUGCUGAGUCACUACGCUGAGGUCGAAUCGCCGAAAGAUAUAAAGAUAGAAGAGAUGGUUGAACAGUUCGGAGCUAUUGACCACGUAAGCAUCAAGAAGAUUGUGACGUCAUUGAAUGCUGCAAGUUUAGCCUGUAGAAACAAAAUGCAUCAACUGCUAGAUGCCCAAAUUCCAUACAUCAACUCCUUCAGGAAUCUCGAUUUUAAUCCGGAUAUUCUCAGCGGAGCCGACAAAACUGGAGAACUAGUGGAAAGAUUGAAGGCAUUCAGCAUCAAAUUAUGAUCCAUUGCGAUAUUUUUUAUAGUUAUAUAUAUAUAAUUAUAUACACACAUAUGUAUAUAUACAUAUAUUAGUGAUGUGUGUGUGUGUUUGUGUGUGUGUAUUUGUGUGUGUGUGUGUAUUUGUAUGUGUGUCUGGGUGUGCGACUAGAGUUUGUCUUUAGUAAUAGUAAUUACUAACAAUAAUUUCUAAUAGUAUAGCUAUUACUUUUAUUAAUUAUUUAUAUUAUUAUUAUAAAUAAUUAUGAUGAUUCUAUUGUUCAAUCGAAAUGAGAUGUGAGAGUGUUUACUAAUUGCC